AAUAGCUGUACUGAAAAAUUAGAGCGGUGUAAAUCAAAAUGGCAGCCCCCUUUGGACAUGUUGGAAGGGGAACUUGCCAACGUUGCAACAUAAACAUGAUAAAUAGCGCUUAUUUCGGCGGAUUUGCAUUCUAAUGGUGUCUGUAUUACUGUAUUAAUUUUACUGUAUUAUUGUGAUUUAAUGAAACUUCAAUUCGAGUGUAGUUAUGGCUUUCUUUCUGGAUUCGUUUGUCAUGUUUACAACCCAGAUUUUCUUCUUUCUUGGAGGCUGGAUUUUCUUCAUGCGUAAACUUUUCAAGAAUUAUGAGGUUCACCAUGUCAUUGUUCAACUGGUCUUCUCCGCAACCUUUGCUCUCUCCUGCACCUUAUUUGAGCUGAUCAUCUUUGAGAUCCUGGGUGUGCUCAACACAAACUCCCGUUUUUUCCACUGGAAGGUCGAUCUUUACGCUAUCCUUUUCAUUCUGAUAGUGAUCCUUCCCUUCUAUGUUGCCUGGUUCAUCUUCACCAACAUACGUAUUGUUCAGAAUCGUCACCUGACAUUUCCAUUGACAUUGGGGGCGUGGCUGGUCUUCGUCUAUUUCUUUUGGAAGUUAGGAGAUCCUUUCCCAAUACUCAGUCGUAAACAUGGCAUUUUUUCCAUGGAGCAGGUCAUCAGUCGUAUUGGGGUCAUUGGAGUGACAAUUAUCGCCGUUCUGUCAGGCUUUGGUGCGGUCAACUGUCCCUACACCUAUAUGGCUUACUUUGUUCGGGACGUGAGGGAUGCAGACAUCCAAGCUCAUGAUCGGAAGCUGAUGCAGGUGAUGGACAUGAUACUAACUAAGAAGAAGAGGAUACUUCUAAUUGAGAGAGACCAGCUACAGCAAGCAUCUUCUAACCGCAAGCAGGCAGGUAUCUGGGGAAUGCUGAAGAGUGUAGCCUCAUCGUCUGGAGGGGCCAAUCUGGGCCAGCUUCAACAGGAGGUUGCAGGAUAUGAAGAAUUGAGCCGACAGCUGUUCCUGGAGUUAGUUGACCUCAACAGCACGAAGGAGCGCAUUGAAUAUUCCAAAACUCUGCAAGGCAAGUACUUCAACAUCAUGGGCUACGUCUUCUCUAUGUACUGCCUCUGGAAGAUUGUCAUCUGCACCGUCAACAUCAUCUUUGAUCGAGUCGGGAAGACGGACCCUGUGACUAAAGGUGUUGAUAUCGCCGUCCACUGGUUGGGCAUUGAGUUUGAUGUUACAUUUUGGUCCCAGCACGUAUCCUUCAUUCUGGUUGGUAUCAUCAUUGUCACUUCAAUACGCGGUUUACUUAUUAAACUUACAAAGUUCUUUUACACGAUGUCAAGUAGCAAGUCUUCAAAUGUUAUCGUUCUCCUGCUGGCACAAACAAUGGGCAUGUACUUUGUUUCCUCGGUGCUCCUAAUGCGUAUGAACAUGCCACCUCAGUACCGCGUCAUCAUCACAGAGGUACUGGGUGAUCUUCAGUUCAACUUCUACCAUCGUUGGUUUGACGUCAUCUUCCUGAUCAGUGCGCUGUCCAGCAUUGCUUUCCACUACCUGGCCCACAAGCAGACACCAGAGAAGCAGAUGCAUACGUGAUAGCCAAGGCAAAGGAUGAAGCAUGUUUCAAGUUGUGUAGCAUUUCAAGCAUAUCUGAGGUGGUAGAAACCCACAGUGGCCGUUUUAUGGACCUUGAGAGUAAGCCACGCCUACAUCUACUGGCUAUGAUGGUAGCAACAGCCACAUCCAUUGGCAGUGGCUACAGCAGCUUGCCAAAGGCUUCCCUAUUGUUAAUUUGUCUUUUAUCCAGUCAUAUCCUUUCAUUUGGACAUGGCUUAACUGAACCUUUUAUACAAAUACAGAAUCAUUACCUUUAUUCACAUGAAACAAAAAUUACCAGUCAAAUUAAGUAACACACAAGUCAAAAGACCUUACCAAUAAUCAGGUCGAUUUUUUUACAAGUGACAAUAGCAGUGUUGUUAUAUUCAAAUGAAACUAGCUUUUAAAUGUGAAGCUGUACUGACUUUGCUCAUUCACUAUUUUCGCCGUGAGGAAGCGUUUACGCCAGCCAAGGAGCUGCCAUUUUGAAUUCAGUGCAUAUUUGUAGGACAUGCUAGAAAGAGAUGAAGCUCAUUCCAGAUGAUCUACUCUGAAUGCAGCAUGCAAGAACAAGUUUUGCCAAUAACAUACAUCACAUUUUUAAGUAUAAUUCUACAAUUAAGUACAAUUGCAUGCCGUGGAAAUGUUCCCCAGAAAAGCAUAACUCGUGUUAAUUGAUAGUGCGUUCAGUUCUUCCACUAUCAUUUGAGAAUAUAGACACAGAAAUGCAGAUAGUCUGUGCAAAAAAUGUAACAUAAUUAGGGUUUUUCAUAGGUGUGUGGGCAAACAUGAAUAUGCCUAGCAGGCUUCACUUUGUACGGUCAGUCAGCUCUCAAGUAACUUCGUGGUCCAAAGUAAAUGAAGGAAUUAAACACUUAUAACUGGUCAUGUGACCUCAACUAGUGUCAGGUCAAAAGCUCUUCCUGUCCAAGCACAUUGUGUGUCUCAGUGGGACUGCCCCACAUGGCUUAACAGCGGCCGUUUAUUCUGCAGUUAGUUGCCUAGUAUGCCAUGUUCCCAUUGGCCUUACACAUGUUGUACUUUGAUGCAUCUGGCUGGGUUAGAGUUGACUUUUCCACUAUGCAUGCUGUCUUUCACUUGUGUCUGGACUGUAUCUGAGAUACACCAAGGCAAGUAAUCCCAAUGGCAGCAGGACUGCCCGUAACAGGAAUGCGAAGUCCUAACUGCCAGUCUUGUCAUAAAUCCAACCUGUGAAGACACAUGAAGCAGAGGACGCUGUUAUGAAUCUCUCAUUUUUUUUUCCUGUGUUAAUCGCAUUAAACUUGAACACAAGUUCUAAGCUGUG